UUGAAAUUUUAGCUAAUUUUUAUUCGAACAUUCCAGAACCGGCGUGGGGUCAAAGUCCACUCUCGCCGGCCGCCUGCCUACGUGACCGCGCGCUGUCUCGAGUAACGGGACUUCGGGCGUGGAUUGUGCGCACGUUUGCUUGACUAUCCUUCUGCCUGCUUAAUCACGCUUCGCAUAAAAUUUAAGUAUAUUUCCAAUAGUUUUCACUCUUUUGCACAAUAGUUGACUUCAUUUACCGCGUGUUUAAUCAUUAUUUUUCUUACAGCUGUAGGGCAGUUUGAGAUUUAUUUCGUUUUUAUUCUCACGUACCAUAUAGCAUUUUAACGCAAGCUUCAAUAAUAAUUGCAAUAUAUUUCGUUCGAUUAAUUAAUUUUAUCUUCCUUUAAACUUCACAAUGGACAAUUUAAAAACACUAAAGAAAAGCCGAGCUAGCUUCAAAGCAAAGCUGACUGUUUUCAAAGAUUAUUUAAAUGCUUUGCUACCUAGCAGUGAGCUUAAUAGCAUACAAAUGCAUGAGCUUACUAUGCGACAUGCCAAAAUGUCAGAAAUGUAUAACGAUUUCGAUUCCAUACAAAACGAUAUAGAAAGCUUGACGGAAAUUCCAGAUGAGGAGUACGCAGAGCGGACUUCGUUCGAGGCCCGGUACUUCGGCGCCAUGGCUGCUGCGCAAGACCUGCUCAGCAAGCAUGCCGCGCCCGCCGGACCUGCCUCUGCGGUGCACGACAGCGGAUCGGUGGCGGGAUCAGGUGAUGCUGUAUUCUCAAGUAAGCCAAAUAUUAAACUUCCAACAAUUCAUCUCCCGACUUUCUCUGGUCGAUAUCAGGAUUGGCUAGAGUACCAUGACACUUAUAAAUCACUAAUACACGAUAACACAUCCAUACCUAAAAUCCAUAAGUUCCACUAUCUAAGGAACUCUUUAAAAGACAGUGCGUCGUUAAUCAUUAAAUCACUAGAGUUUUCAACUGAGAAUUAUGAUGUUGCUUGGGACUUGCUGUGCGAGCGUUUUAACAACGAUCGCAUUUUAGUAAAUAAUCAUAUUCAUGCUUUGUUCAGUAUAAAGCCAGUGUCUCAAGAGUCUUCCAAAGCCUUGCGUAACAUGAUAGACUGGGUAAAUAAAAACUUGAGAGCCUUAAAAACAUUAAAAUUACCUACUGAACACUGGGAUGUUUUAAUUAUCCAUAUGAUGUCUAGUAAGCUUGAUGCAGUCUCAAUGCGCGAUUGGGAAACCGAACGUAACAAAAUUGUAGGUAUUCCCACGUUUAGUGAUUUCACAAAUUUCUUGAAGGGUCGUGCGGACCUCCUUGAAACCAUGGAAGAGGCUCAGACGCAAUCAAAAGUUCCUCGUAGGUUCAGUGACGUCACGCACAACCGCCCAAGAACAUUUGUCGUAAAUGACUCAUUUAAACAAAAACAACAUAAAUGCCCUGUAUGCGCUAACUACCACACUAUAUACCAGUGCCCUAAAUUCAAAGCUAUGCCGAUAGAAUCUCGCAUCGAAAAGAUAAACCAGUUGAAACCACUGGCUAGCAAAUCAUCUAAAAGUGACUGUGUCUUACCAUGCGUGCAGGACCAAUCUAAACCUGUACAAGACAACAUCACACUAUCUUCCAUACAUUGCAGCCAAGCUCUUCUUUCCACUGCUAUAAUCAGUGUCCAAGACCAGUCUGGUCAAACACACAAGGCAAAACUCAUACUCCAGGCUCUUUGGUCUCAAAACAUUCCGUGGGACUCUCAGCUACCGGCCGAGGUUGAGUCACAAUGGGACCAGUUUGUCAAAUACUUGCCAGAUAUUUCUAAAAUAGAAAUUCCUCGCAGAGCAUUAUGCGACGAUUUCAUAACUGUUCAAUUACAUGCAUUUAGUGAUGCAUCAAUGAAAGCUUACGCUGCCUGCCAGCUGCAGAUAUACAGGAAAAUGAUUUCACUGAACGGUUCUCAAACUUUAGCAAAAUGCAGCGCGUUGUAG